AUGGCGAGUAAUACGCCAAGGAGCUUUCACCUCUUCAACUGCGAUAACUUGUGUAAGUUAAGUGAGGUGGAAGCUUUGCUCAAAGCCGUUAAAGGCAAGAUUCCCUUCAAGAUUUUACAUAUCAAGACACAUGAGUUUAGGCGAGAACAAAUCGAGGAAAUCUUUGUGUCAAAGAUUUCAAACUUAGGGAAAAUGGAUUACGCUGUGUUCGUUGUUCAUGCAGCUGAGGCCUGCCUCUCCUUUAGCGAUGAUAGUGGCUACGGAAAGAUUUAUGGGGCUCUGAAGGAACGAACUGGCUCAGGUAAGAUUGAGGCUGACGCAACAGUAAUAACACUUCAUAGUUCUAACCUCAUUGCAGUAUUUAAUCCAUAUGUGAGGGAAGUUUCCCGCUUUGUUUAUCAGUUUGACAUAAAAUAUAAGAGGCUUAAUUGUCAAGAAGAUUCCAAAAUUUUGACCAUUCGUUUUUCGUUAAAUGACUUAUCAUAAUAAUCAGCAUGUCGAGGCCAAACUACAGUAUCUACGGGUCUAUUCCUUAAGUCCUCGAAUCAAUGAGGACAUUGGCGCCUUUUAUUUGAGAUAUGUUCUCAUGUCCGCGUUUCCAUUUAAGAAUCGUUACGACAAUGAUCAACACGCCGUAGACUGAGGACUACGGACUACAGAAUACUCUCCAAAGAGCAUUUAUUAAUUAAUAGAGCCAUACUGUACUAUUAUUUUUUCUCUUUUUUCUUUUCAGCAAACAUAAUAUAGUAAUGGCCGUGGCUAUCGUGUCACUAUACCCAUAAACAACGAACUGAUAAUGUAUGGGUCAAAUAAAGUGUCAUUGCCUUUAUUCUUUGUCGUCUUAAAGUUAAGAAAUCACUGCAAUUAUGGUAUAAAUAGUGAGAUCGGGAACGACAUCAAAAGUUCAGCCUGGCAUAAGAGAAAGAUGAAAUUGAAAACUGUACAAAACGCAAAUGACCGCCAUCUUUAUAAUGGAGAGUUGACCUUCGUAUCCAUUUCUAAAUUAACUCACCCCGAACUCACAUGUAAUUUUGUCUUUGUUUUGUUUUGUUUUUCGAGGUGAAAAAGUUUUGAUCGUCAUCAGUGGGGACAAAAAUUACAAAAGUAAGAGUGAAGAAGAUCAGUUUUUCCUCUCCCAGUGGGCAAAGGAUAAUAUAUCUCCUCAGUUUCGUAAUGAACUCGUCGAUGGGAGAAAGAGUUUCAUCUUCUCUUGGAACCAGAAACACAGGCCAAUCCAUGAAAAAGCGCUUCUGCAUUACUUUGAUCCCAACAAGAAUGGUCAGAAGUUCGCGGUCUCUCAAACGGAUCCAGCGGCAACGUCAGCACCCCCGAGAGGACCUUCUGUUUCUCUGUCACACCACUUCGACUUACAGCAAGAGGUAAGACAUGAUUUUUUUCUUUCGCAGAUUUAGUAGACCCUAGCGGUUUACGCUGUUUAAAUGACGGUUAUUCUGAUAAAGUUGGUGUGUUUGCUGUAAACGGCAAAAGUCAAAAGAUUUGCAGGAUUCUCUUGAGGCUCUUUAUGUGGAAGACUGACAGCUUGGUGAUGUCGCUCUCUGUCAUCCUUCAGCAUUCAUAGCCUUAUAGUAGGGUGGACAUCACACAGCUUUGGUAGAUCUACAGCUUGGUCUUGGUGCUGUACUGAGAGGACGAGUACAUGUUGUUGAGUAUGCUGAAGGCGUUUCUGGCCUUGUUGAGACGGUUCUUGUUGUCACUCCCUGCUCCUCCAUCAUGCCUUACUGCGCUGCCCAGGUAAAUGAACCCUUCAGUCGUUGGCAGGUCUACUCCGUUCACUUGAAUUGAUUUAGGGUUGGACACGUUUGGCAGCAUCACUUCUGUCUUCUUUUGGCGGAUCUUCAGGCCAACUUGCUGUGCGUAAGUGCCAAGUCGUGUCGUCUUUUCCUGCAUGUGUUGAUGAGUAUGGGAGACCAAGGCUUGAUCAUCUGCAAAAUCUAGGUCCUCCAGCGUUGAGAAGAGGGUCCAUCUGAUGCCCCGUGACUGAUCUUUUGUUGUGCGCCUCAUUACCCAGUCAAUGGUCAUGUUGAAAAACAUCGCCGACAUUGUACAGCCUUGUCUGACGACAGUCUUCACUUUAAAGCUGGUUUCGCUGUUGCCUACUCCGUAUGAAAAGUUGUUGUAGAAGCUUUUGAUGAUGUCGAUUAUCUGCUGUGGUAUCUCAUAGGCCCGAAGGAUGCGCCACAGACUUUACCGGUGUACACUGUCAAAAGCCUUCUCAAAGUCCACAAAGUUGAUGUAGAGUUGUCUCUGCCACUCUGUGCACUGCUAUAGGAUGUUACGUAGGGUGAAGAUCUGGUCUGUGCAUCACUUUCCUUUCCGAUACCCUGCCUGCUCCCUUCUCAGUUGUUGGACCACCGUGUUGGCUAUUCGCUGGAUGAUGAUCUUGGCCAGGAUCUCGCUAAGCACAGAUAGUAAGGUGAUUCCUCGCCAGUUGUUGCGGUUGUUAAGGGCACCUUUCUUCGGAAUCUUCACAAUGACUCCCUCUGUGCAAUCUUCAAGUAACUUCUUCCCCCCAGAUGUUUGUAAAGAGCGGCUGGAGUAGGUCUGCUACUAACUAUGGAUUUGCUUUAAAUACUUCUGCAAUGAGAUUGUCUUGUCCGGGGGAUUUUCCGUUCUUGAGGGACUUGAUGACUGCUAUGAUCUCUUCUUUUCCUGGGGGAUCGGUGUUCACAUCCAGGUCUGUCUCUGCCUCUUGUAUAUCUGCCUCUGUUGGUGGUGGUGGUCUGUUCAGAACUUCACUGAAGUGUUCUGUCCCAUCGUGCGUCUUGCUCGGCUUCUGUCGUGAGUAGUCGCCCCUGCUUGUCCAUGAUCGGAGCGUCAGUGCCUCCUCUGUACCUGCCACACACCAGCUUGGUGAUCUUGCAGACUCUGCCUUGCUCUCCCCUGCUUGCUGCAUCUUCUGCCUGGCUUGCAAGGUGGUUUAUGUGGCUUCACUUUUCUGUUCUUGUCAUCCUCUUCACUGUUAGAUUCGCUUCCCUACAUUGUUGCUUGUAUCUCUCUUUCAGUCGCUCUGAUUUGACCUCCACGACUUUCUUCUUGAGAGUUCUUCUGUUCGCAAUGGCUUGUCAGGUAUCCUCUGUGAUCCACUCCUUCCUGCUGCUUUGUUCCAAGGCAGGCUUUGCGGGUCUGCUCGUAGGCUAUCUUAAGCUGUUGCCACUUUGCAUUGAUGUCUCCCAAGCCUUCCUGCUUCUGGUCUUCAGCAUCUGCUAGUACCUGGAACUAAUUAUUCAACUGUAGUAUGAAGGCAGUCUUUACUUUAAGGUCUCGCAGCUUCUCCACAUCAAAGUGUCGUCGCCCUCUCGGACUGGAUCUGGUCUUCCUUAGCUUCAGCUUCAGUGUAGUGGUCACAAGGUGAUGGUCACUUCGCACAGCAGCUCAUCUUCUCACUCGGACGUUUGGCAGUGAUUGCGUACACAUCCCGUUGAUCAUCAGGUGGUCAAUAUAGUUCUUGUCUCUUCCAUUGGGGGAGUACCAAGUCAGCUUGUGGACGUCGCGGUGUGGAAAGAGCGUCCUUCCGAUGACAAAAUCAUAGGUGGUGCAGGUGUCCAGUAGCCUCUCUCCAUUGUCAUUCAUGGUGCCACAUCCUUCUCUCCCCAUGGCCCUUUCGCAGUUCCUGUUGUCAUUACCAACCUUUGCAUUGAGAUCUCCCAUCACAAUCUUCAUCUCGUGAACGUGGUGUGUUCUCCCUCAUGGUGCUCGUCAUCUUCUCUUCCAGAAUAUAGCACUGUCUCUCCUGUGUUGGUUUUGUGUCAGCCUGAACCUGUCCAUUUGCUCUCACUGAUUCCAAGGAUGUGUAGGUUGUAACGUCUCAUCUCAGCUGUGGCUUGUGCCAGCUUUCCUGUCUCGUACAUAAUUCUUACAUUGCAUUUGGCGCUCAAGAUUUCCAUCUUCCUGUCAGCGGUUUCCUUUCGGCUUUUACUAUUGUCAUUCAUAUUAGUAUCUUUCGACAACUCUGAAAGCCCGUCUCACCCAGUAGUGUUUAUUUUCUUCGUUGCCGUUUCCGUAACGUGGGUGUUUUACGGGACCGGGUUGUUAGCCCUGUGCCCAAACCCCUAGCCUGGAGGACCGGUGGAUCGUGCUUCGUCGGACCUCUACCCUUCAACCUGUCCGUCUUGGGUGGCCCUACCACGAGACUAAGCUCCCGCCGGCAUAGCUCUAGGGAUCUCCGAGGCACUCAAGCUCGCCGACCACGACGAGGUGGGGAUCCUUCGGGGGCCUGUACCGACUAACUACCCCUUGAAAAAAAUAUCCUUGAACGCUCACUUACAAGUAAUUAAGUAUGUGAUUGUUUUUUUUCCAAUUUUUUGACGAAGGAUUUAAAAAGAUCUGAACCUGAAUCAGCUGAUCAGGAGAGGUCUUUAGUGAAACAGAAUGGGAAGCGAGGGCAGAGUCAGAGACGGGGCCGGAAGUCGUGGAGUCGAUCAGAAGAAGACGGCGGACGACAAACUUCAGAUGCGACUGAAUCUGAAUCAACAGGUAAUGUAGAAGGAUAUCACAUUCUUCUAUAAGUUCAGGGAUGCUAGUUUUUGAGGCUCGCGAGACUGAAAUGAUCGCUAAAAAAUGGAGUGAAAGUGAUUUCCUUAUCGACUUUAUUAAGAGCUAAGAACAUUCUUGGGGUUGCUUUAGUCCGCAGUGCAUUCCACCCUAGAGGUGUUUUUAUCCACGCCUAGUUUGGAUUUAAAGCUUGUAUUUUGUCUUUCUUUCACUCGGUUAACUCAUAUUAAUUUGUUACAAGUUUCUAGUGAGAAUUCAGGAAGGGGUGAUUCACGGCCUAUUUUAAAACUACAAACACGCCUGCGCCAUGGGAAAAUUUCAUACGAUAGCGCAGACGUAGAGACCUGGGACCAAACCUGGCGUCCUCCUCACAGCGAGGUAGUGAAGUUAGAGAGAGAAUGGGGGUCAACACCGGAAGCGUAUUUGAAGAUCUUUGCUGAUGAAAAUGGCACAAUGUGUCGUGCUGAAGUGAUACCAAGAUCUUCCCUCUGGGACUAUUGUUGGCCUUCCUGAUGACCCCGAAAGUUUGGAGUAAGCAGUCACCUACUCUGCGUGAGUCUAAUUUAGGUGCUGGAUACUUGCAAUUGCACAUAACCUAUGAAUACUUUGAAUCUACGAGUGUUGAAUCAGAAAUGCAAACUGUUUGCAUGGAAUAAAAGAAUGUUCCUUGG